AGGAGUGGUGCACGUCGAGUCAAUCGUUAUCCCUCCUAACCUUUCCGCGCGCUCCCGCGAGGCUUGGCAGCGUAAUCGGGCGAUCGGUUGCGCGUUCUCGGGGCGGCCGGAGCGGAGGGAAAGAUGUCGCGGGGAAGGUCCUUCUCGUAGCCGAGGACCCGCGGUAACGGGCGCCAAGGUGUCCCGCCCGAUGGAGCUGUCCGCGCUCUCGUGACUCUCGGCGCUGCUCGGCGCUCUCCAGCGCUCUCGGACCGCGAGCCCCUUCACCCGUUUCUCCGGCUGUUUCCGCCCGUUUCCGCCUCUCUUCGGCUCUUUUCCUCCCGACUCGCCGCCGCUCGCCCCUCGGGACUCUCCCGGCGCCGCGCCGAUCAGCUGUGCUCGUCCGUCGCCCGGGGUGUCCUCGCGGUAUCAUGGCCUCCUCCAACAGGGGCAUCCAAAUCGGCUCGGCCUGGUUCCAGAGGAAGAUCAACCUGAGGCCUCAGCACCGCGGUGUUCACCUCGUCAGCGAGGAGAUCCUCAGGCAGAUCCCGGAGCUCUGCCAGUUCUCCGUCGGACUCUGCCACAUACAGAUUCUUCACACAUCGGCCAGUCUGGCACUGAACGAGAGCUGGGAUCCGGAUGUCAGAGACGACAUGGAAAUGAUGCUUAAUAAAAUAGUUCCUGAAGAGAUGCCAUACAGGCACAGUUGCGAAGGACCCGACGACAUGCCCGCGCACGUGAAGGCGUGUUUCCUGGGAUCCUCGCUGAGCAUCCCGAUCACGGACGGGAAGUUGGCCCUGGGCACUUGGCAGGGUGUCUGGCUGUGCGAGCACCGCGACCACGCCGGCAGUCGCAAGCUGGUCAUCACGUUGACAGGGUGCUUGAGGGACUCGGCACGGAGCCCCUUAAGCCCCGUCAGUCCAAUAGCCUCGACAAGCAGCUAGGACCACUCUCACCCCCGUCGGCGCGGCAAACGUCAGCUGCGCAUAUCCACGUCGAGCGACUCGAGCUAGCAGUCGCCUGACUUUAGCCGAACGCCGAGAGUACGGUCCAAGGAAGAGUGACGGUAUAACCUCGAGGACGUGGAGAGGCGCAGCUAGACGACGACCGGUCGGGGGAACACCUUUAAACGGAGUGCCAUUUGUUUACACGCUCUCGAACGAGACGCUUUAACGGUUAGGGAAAUCGGAUAAACUGUCCCGCGGGGAGAGUGAGACUCUCGCUCUCACUCUCUCUCUCUUUCUCUCUCUCUCUCUCCCUCUCGCAAUGUGAGGCAUUUAUUUUUCCUUACUUUACGUGCGUCAACGUGGCGCUUCCAGCUGGGCUUCACUUUUUCUACACCGGUGGCGCAUCUGGGCGGUGCGCGUGCGCAGUAAUCGCGGUUUCGGCUGUGGUGAGCCGAUCCGCUCUCUUUGUGGGUCUUGAUACUCCCUGUCGGUGCCCCGUGGUGGAGGAUGAACUUUCGAGGGUUAGGCUUGCUUGGUUUUUCGAGGACGCCGCCAUCUUGCAUUUUUAUCACCCUUGCUUGCUUCAAUGGUGGUAAAAGUGUAACGAAUCGAGUGCAGAAUAAGGGUACUAGUAGUCCGACAUACGUUGAUCGUUUUAAUUGAUUAUCGCAAGCAUUUCCAAUUCAUCUUCAUUUAAAGAACUGAACAAAUUCAAGAGUGUUUCGAAAUAUUUGCGUUGGUUUUUCGAGGACGCCACCAUCUUGCAUUUUUAUCAUCCUUGUUUGCUUCAUGGUGGUAAAAGUGUAACGAAUCGAGUGCAGAAUAAGUGUACUAGUAAUCCGACAUACGUUGAUCGUUUUCAUUGAUUAUCGCAAGCAUUUCUAAUUCAUCAUUUAAAGAACUGAAGAAAAUCCAAGAGCGUUUGGAAAUAUAUCUGUUGGUUGUCCAAGGGCGCCGCCAUCUUGCAUUUUCAUCACCCUUGCUUGCUUCAAUGGUGGUAAAAGUGUAACGAAUCGAGUGCAGAAUAAGUGUACUAGUAAUCCGACAUACGUUGAUCGUUUUAAUUGAUUAUCGCAACCAUUUCUAAUUCAUCAUUUAAAGAACUGAACAAAUUCAAGAGCGUUUGGAAAUAUUUCCGUUGGUUCUUCGAGGACGCCGCCAUCUUGCACUUUUUUCACCCUUGUUCGCUUCAAUGGCGAUAAAAAUGUAACGAAUAGAGUGCAGAACAAGUGCAACAAUGUCGAGUAGACAAUGUACACCGGCAGAAUAGACACAACACUGACCAGUCGAACACGUUUAGUGUUAAUACUCUACAUUAGUGGUGCUCGGUGUAACCAGGUGGAAACGCCAUUACUGAUCUUGCACUGCGAUGCAUCGAUAGGUUAUGUUUCGUAUGUCUGAUAAGGAGUGGGCUUGACUCAGGGUUUGGAAGCAAUUUCUCGCGCAUUCGUCUUAUACUUUUUAUUCUAAGGAUUUGCAAAAGGGAGUUUGCAACGUGGAAUAUUGUACGCAUGGGUUCUUUACGGACCGAGGUAAACGUUGAAUGGCGAAAAAGCGCCAUAGCGACGUAUAGGGAAACGGAUUUGUUUGGAACGAUCGUGCUAACGCUGAGAAUUGGUUCUCCAAACCCCGGUUAAAGAAUUCAGGGGUUCCAUCGAAGCCUAGAUCUUGUAUUAGCGCUUGGUGCUCUGAAAUAGAAGAGAGAUGGCACGUGUUUCCCAUCGGCGUAAAGGAACUUGGUAGAGUUUCGAGCCAAAUACAUUUUUGAGAGACUCUUAGCGUUGAGUGAUGCGAGAAACGCGUUCGUCUCAUAUAUCAGAGGAAGAGAGACGCGCGUAGAAAACUGUUUCUGCGAAUAAUACAAAGAACGCAUGUAAUCCGCUAUUUAUUGCCGUAAGAUUAGGAGAGACGGAGAGACGAUCACAGCGCCGCCAUCCGUUGGCUAACUACUAGCCAAUGAAUCUAAGAUAAAUUAUAGCAACCGCGAAAGAAUUGUUAUUUACACAUCUCAACCGUGGAAACCACCGAGAUGUGAAUUUCGAUGAAUCGAGAAACAAAAAUUACAGCAACUGCGCAAAGCAUUUGUUAUUUACGUAUCUCGGUCGUGAAUCACUGAUAUGUGAAUUUCAAUGAGUAGAAAAAAUUACAGCAACUGCGAAUGGUAUUUGUUAUUUACGCAUCUCAGUCGUUAACCACCGAGAUGUGAAUUGCGAAGACUUAGAGAUACGGAGAUAUUAAUUCUCACAAAUGUUCCAUGCCCAAACUUAGCGUUAAGGACUUGGUGGCGUGCGCGUAUAUAUACGUAUGGUAGAAUGUGUGUGUGCGUGUGUGUAUUUGGCGCGAAACUCUACCGAGUUUCCGGAUUCAUCGAGCUCUAAACGCUCAUGUUAUUCUGGGCUUCUUUGGAGGCUUUUAGAAUUCUUCGCCCUGGUGGAUGUGUGAAGUGUGACGAUUAAUAAUUGAUAAUCGAAGCAUAAAAUUAUAACGAUCGUGCGAGAAAGUAAAAGCUCUCGAGCUCUUAGGUCUGAGGUCCUUCGCACACGAAAAAGAAAAAGAAAAAAAAAAGUAAGAAAGAAAAGAAAAAGGGAGAAAACCUCCGAGUUUUCAACGCGGGUAUCCAGUAUACUCCUUCCGCGUGCUCUUAGCCGAAUUUAAUCCACUGCGUUCCGGUGCGAUGCGUCCGAAUACUCCGAAUUUAAUUGAAUAGCUUUAUUUGACUCGAUCGAACCGUUUGUAAGAGCGAUGCAUCGAAUGGGAGGGGAGUCAUCGAGGCGGAAGCUUGGCUAAAUCCUAGUUUUCUAUGUUAAAUGCGAAGCAAGUUCGGCUUGGGUACUAUGCUCGGUCACGGCACAAGGUCCUUUACACGGCUUGUCGUAGGCUAGGUCUUUUUAAUGACGUUUCCAUUGCAUUGGAAGUGUACGUGUAUAGGGAAAUUAUUGUCAAAUCUCGAGGCUCUCCUUGCUGUGCUAAAGUCAUGCCUCGCGUACCUCGGAGAGUUCUGCCUCUUGUGGAGAAUAAGGUGUUAUUAAUAAUUAUCUAAUUGGAUUGUAAAGGUUCGAAGCACAAUGUAGCGUAAAGAGCUCUUAUUUUCUUGUAACAGUAAUCCUGUGUUGCAAUGCCAAGUUAGCCGGUAGUGAUACUAGCGACUCUUGUGGGAAAAUUCGAUACUAAAAGGUUCACUAAUACCUGGUAUAAUGUAUAAGAAGUACGUGUAUGAUGAUCGUGGAUGUGAUGUUUAUUAACCACGUAUGAUCUUUGCACUAAUUGCGUGAAAUAUGAGAGGCUUAAUAGAUUCUGACGAUUCCUACAGAUGGCGAUACUAAUGAUGUUCUUUUUCUUUUUUUUUCCAUUUUGCCAACGUGCGGGUUACCGAUUCUUACCGUGCAAUGGGUGCGUGAUUUAAACAUAUUUGGUAUGUGUUCGUGCUCGAUGUGUGGUCAGAUAUUUAAUAAAAGUAGAGGCGAGAUUUCAAGUCUGGAUGGAAUACAAUUUUAUGAAGUUGCAGGUUAUACGAGCCGGCUGUGUUUACAUAUGUACCACACGUAGUAUCAUAUUUGAUUCAUACUUUAAGCGUCGCCACGUGGCAUAAUUAAGUUACAUUUUUCCCCGCAGGGAUCGCUCAUGUUACUGUCGGCUAACUUGGCAAGAAAUUGUGGUCUCAGAAUUUUCUGAAAAGAUCCAUAGAGUGGGAGCUUCUUGUGCUACUUCAUGGUCUGAAAUAGUAUUUCUUUUGCCAUAGUAACUAAGUUUCGUGAAUGGUUAUGCACGACAAUCUAUUUAUGGUUAACCCUCUAUAACGCCAUGUAAUUGUGAAGACGCAUACCCAUGUAUCUAUAUUUUUUAAGUCUCAUUUCGCUUACGCAGUACCUUGUUAUCGUACCUCCCCUUCGCAACCAAGAAUUUAGUUUAUAAAUUGUAAGUUUAUCAAUUUUAAAUUUGUAAAGUAGUUAAUGACAGAAGGGUACCGUUUCCAUGUUUUACGGCAUAUUGGUUAUUUCUUGGCUUGAAAAAAAAAAGAACAAUUGGGUUACGGAGGGUUAGUCGAUGGAUUGGAAUGUUGUCGAACUGUUGAAAGGGUGGUGAUUUUGUGCAAUAUUCAUCCAGCGAUGCUCUCUUUACUGAGCUUACUCAACAAGUGAUCGUCGCGAUGAAUUUAGCAUAGCAAGAAGAAGUGAAAUCAAUGAGAAAUAAGUAACGCGUCGACAAGCGGUGUUACAAAUGAUUACUAUAGGCCCGUCACAUGACUUCUCAAAACUGCAUUUAACGCGUACCGUUAAGCCAGUCGAUGUUAGCCAUUUAUCCUCCUCGUAUAAUAGCAUAAAUGGUCGUCCACUACAAUUACUCGAAAUGCUUCGACAUACAUUAAAUAUUUACGAAUACAGCUCCUCCGAGGGAAUGAUUUCGGAGCUAGGCGUCUUGUAACUGUGAAGCCACUGUUAAACUAGACGCAUAGUCGUACAUCUUACGAUUUAUAGCCAGUCUUCGGUGAAGACAUUAGCCCUCCGGUCUGUCGGAGACUCUGCGUAGUAUACACUUGACAUUGAACUUUCAUUACUCCUCGGUCAAUUUAGCAUUUUACUAUUUGAUACCGUUCGUCUAAUUGUACGGAGGAGGUUUGCACACGACAUGCUAAACUAACUCGCUAGGGAAAAUUUUUACCUUCUAUCGGAAUCUGUAUAACCCUCUAUAACGUCAUGUGAUAUUGGAGUCACAUAACCUAAGUCUAUCGAUAUUUUUUAAGUUCCAUUUGAGUUUUCCAGCAAAACUUAACGUAUCGCCUCAUCAUUGUAACACUCCUUUGUAACCUAGGACAUUUGUUCAUAAAUUGUAAAUUCAUUAACGUUUUAAUUUAUAGCGAUUUAUAUCAAUUGUAGAUUCUUAAAGUAGUUAAUUAAUGUCGGAAGGUUGACAUUUGGAAAUUUCAUGUAAUAGUGGUUAUUUCUCUUUUAACUGGCUUGAAUAUGGAAAACUGGGUUACAGAGGAAUGUCUUGCGUAACCUGCUGCUUCGAUACCGUUUCGUUUAGUCGACUAGGCGAUUUAGUCGAGCACUUGUAAAUUUAGCCUCCUAGGGAUAGCUCUCUUUUUCUUCUUUGAGCUUGUGCAUUGGCAUGACCCGAGGUCAUUCGGAGAGGAAUCAUUAGGAUAGGGGGUGAGAAAAUGUGUAAAUCGUCCUUCGUUCCCACCGAUAGCUAACUAGAGUCUAACCUAACAAGUUCUGUCCUGCGUUGUCGCUAGUGUUAUUAGUUCUGCGCCUAUGCAUCUAAUGUAAUAGAGGCUUAUGGAGCUCAAAGUACGAUAAGGGUUGCGAAACCCAAGGGAGCAGCCACUGCGAUGUGUCCACAGCGGAGCCACUGCACUUCGGUGCACUUCUUCGCUACGCAAUCUUGGAUGCCCUUCGGAGGGAGUCUUCGAAGGGUGUCGUGCACAAAGGCAAUCUCGUUAAUUGUAACAUGCCGGAUAGGUUCUCUAGUUAAGUAUAAAGUCUAUAUUAAGUGCUGCCGGUUGAACGGGCACCACGAGUAUUGUAAUAUUCAUAUCCGGUGGACAAUUGAAAACUUCAUUUUGGGGCGCGUCACAUUCUGUAAAUAAUAGCUAAUUGCGAGCGCCGCCGAAUUUUCAUUCCUCGAGCUUGAUUCGGCUGGCGAAUGUUUGCUCACGGUCGGAUGUAUAGUAUUUAUUAACUGAUCUGUAUACUGACUGAACAGCUAAUAACCUACAAAAUUGCGGGACGUUUUGAAGCAACCAGAGCGCCUCUAGCCAUGGACGCAUAAACUAACACCAUAGUAUUUGCGCAUGCGUCGAAACAAUGCAUCUUCAAUCGUAGAUCCAUAUAAGAGGGGUCAGAUUAAUUCCCUGGAAGAUAAUAAUUGUCCUUUUUGUUCAAAUACUUAACGAGAGGAAAGGUAACCGUUUUGUUUUAGUCGAUGCUUUCUUACGACAUACCCUGCGCGCCAUUUUACACGUAAAUUAUGAUAUUAUUAAAUUAUGUCUCUUCGGUCCUUUGUACAUUAAACGUUUACCUUCGCAAAUUGAUGAUUUAAAACUUUUGCGCAUGCGCGGGAGUCACUCAUUUAGUACCGCUGUCCAUGUGUAGGGGCGCUGGGGUGCCUUGUAUUCGUCGAAGUCCUCUUCGCAUGGAACAAAUAGGUAUUAACUAUCCAAUUAGUAUAUAGAUCAGGGUAUUUAUUCGAAGGGUGACUGGUGUUGCCUCCGAAGGAGUUUCGAUGGGUCCUGUCGGAGGGUGUACAUGCAGGAAAGAAAUUCGGUUCGUCUAGUGUAACCGUUAGAGCUACUGUAUUCGAUUAAUUUGAAAUAAUGUUUCGACUGCGAAUCGAAUUUCAUCUCGAACUCGUUUGCUUCGAUCGACUGUGGGGUGCUUCGGUUACACCGUUUUCUUACUUUUAGACGGUAUCUUUGUCUACGAAGCGAAAGUUCUCGUUAAGAUGUACCGAAUUACUUUAAGUACUUGGCGCGAGUUUUUAUGUGAUCAACCAAAAGUUAACCAAAGAGUCUUGUCAACCGUGUAUUUGGUUGGCGGUGUAAUAACCGUAUUCCAUGGGUGGACUAAGAAAACAUUUAUUUACUCAACCGAUUGUUUCUCUGCGUGGUGUAUCGUCGUUGAUGCAUCGUUAAGGUGAAGUGAAACCCCCCCUUAAACCGCUCGAUAUGAAUAUGACACUUUUUUAUCGAGGGUAUUCCACAGAAUUGGUUGAAACUUCGGCACGUGACUUGUGAGCACAUAAGGGACGUUCCGAUACUUUCGAGAUGUCGAUUUUCUAAUAAAAUGUUUUUCACUUAA